GAAACCUUCCAUCUUUGCUUGAGACACUCCACCAAAAUUACACCAUCCACUCUGACACCUUCAAAAAAUGGCCAGGCUGACUAAUUAAAUUGCCUGCUGGGUGCUUGCCCAAUAUCUUGCCUCGAAAUGGAUUUAUGGAUGUAAUCCAUAGAUAUCUGGCCGAGCUUAGAUUACAUUACAAUGGCAUUUCAUUAACUGGCAAUCUUACUACUUCGACAUGUCAAUGGCAACUGCAGUAUAGAAGUGUCUUUUGAGAUCUUCAGCCUUUCAUAAUGGUCGCGCUUCCUCUAUUUAAACUAGGAUCCCUCUUCGUGAGGCAUAUCUCCAAGUAUGGUGCAAACUGGAUCAAGAGACAGGCUCAUGAGCACAAGAGAUUCCGAGCGAUAGCAGCCAGAGGUGGACAAGCAAUGCAUCAAUGGAAUAUGAGAGUCCAAGUGAAUCUACUACGGGACAAACAAGCGGAAAAGAGAGCCAGGGAAAAGGCGGAGACUCCCACUGUCAAGACGGAAGAGCAGGCCAAGGCGGAAGAGGCUGCGAAAAAGGCGCACCAUCGCAAUCAAGAAAAUGUUAGCGUUUGGAAACGAAAAUUUAGACCUUUGUCGGAAACCAGAGCAGUUGAUCUCUUUGCUGAUGUUAUCGGCGAUACAUUUAUCCUUUCGGUCGCUAUAAGCUUGUUAAUGUACGAGUAUAUCAAAACCCAGUCUAAACCCGAUUCGAACGCAGAAAAACUGGCAGAGCUACAAAAACUAGAAGAGGAGUUGAAUCUGCGGCAGAAAGAACUAGAGGAAGCACAGAAGAAACAGCAAGAGCGUGUAGAAGUACUUGAACAGGUGUUGGAGGAAAUUCGGAGUGCCAAUGGAAAGAAAAGGUUGACAUGGAAAUCGUGAAUUUCCAGUCGAAUUGCAGAACAUAGCAAUUACACAAGGGCGGAGAGCACCCCUUUUGUAAAUAGCAAAGCGUUUGGAGAGCACCUGACACCUACGUAUAUAGAUUUUCCAUGAGUAGAGAUACAGGGAGGAAGAUGGAUGUUGAGAAAUCUGUAGCUGUCGAGGCAAGUGACUUAUACUCCUCACGUACAAACAACAAUAAGGGGACAGGAAUUCACAGAGUAGGAGAAACAGGAGUUCCAAUGACGCCGAGCUCAUCCAUUAUCUCCCGGAUGAUGAAGGUCGAGAUGUUCAGAUAUGCAUCUCAACUCAUCAAAUGUAAAACCUAUCAACCA